AUGGUUACAUCAUCAGGCUUUUCCAGGAAUUCUCUUGUUGAUGCUUUCUCAUCAAUUGUAGCACCUGCUUCGAGUUUGGACAACCCCCAUGAACCUCAAAGUAAUGAACAAACUAUGAAUAUUCACCCAAUGAUCACUCGAGGCAAGGCUGGUAUUUACAAACCUAAGCUAUAUCUCACUACACUCCAAGUUCAAGAGACAAUUGACAUACAAGCAACUCUUGCUGAUCCAAAUUUGAGGGAAGUCGUCCUAGCUGAGCAUGAUGCUCUCUUGACCAACAAUACAUGGAAUCUAGUUGAGAUGCCACCCAAGUGUAAGCUAAUUGGAUGUAAAUGGCUCUUCACAGUGAAAAAGAAUCCGGAUGAAACUGUGGCCAAAUUGAAAACUAGACUUGUGGGUAUAGGUAUUUCUCAAAUACUAAGACAUGACUAUCAUGAUCCUUACAACCCAAUUGUGAAGUUUUCAACAGUCAAUGUCUUCCUCUCACUUGCUACCAACUAUGGAUAG